GCUCCACAUGCAGCUGUGGUUAGAGUGGUUUCCAGUUAGAGAAAAAUCAGCUGUGCACCGUCAGCUGCGCUUGGACGGAGAGAGAGACGGUACAGGAGAGACAGAGGGAGCUGCUGUGCGCGACAGAUCUCAUCUCUCAAAAUCAACCAGUCGGUGUCCCAAAACGCGAGAAGAGCUUCUGAUCAUCAAACAAACCAGCUCGCAGACUGACUUCGGUCUCCGCGCAAACUUCGCGCCGAAGCUCCAGCAUGUCCAGCGGGGGCCAACACCGCGGAUGUGCCACAUGAGGCGGACCCGAGAAACUGAAAGCAGUGCUCAAACUUUGCCUACGGAGACCACUGUGACUCUUAGCGAAGCGCACACGCAACUUUCAGCGUGUUUUCUGCUCCUGUGACACUUUCCGCCCGUCACCUGGCCCGUCACUAGGGAUUGCUGGGAUUCAGCGGCGUGUCUCUUUUAUGUUCAGCCGAGGAGACGUGUAGUUUUUCAGGGUGGUCCGCUCUAAGGAAGGUGACAUGCAGGUUCUCGGUUGGACGACAGUUCUCCUCUGUCAGUGGAUCCUACAGAAGGUCCAAGGGCUGGAGAAGCAGGUGGACUUCUCAAAGUUGGGCCCUGUUGGCUCAGUAACGAAGACUCUUCCUUAUGGCAUGGGAGGAGGCACCGCUGAAGGAGUCGUCAAGUCUCCAUACCAAACACGCAUAUUUUCCACAUCCAUUGACCAGACACCCCUGAAGUCCAAACCACCCACUUACACUUUCUUUAACCCCUACGACACAGGCCGGAACCAGUCCUUGUUACUGGAUCAGACUGGCUACCGCUCCAAGCGCAAGCCAUCACUAAAGACAAACAUGAAGACCAAGAAGAUCUUCGGCUGGGGAAACUUCUAUUUCAGCGUUAAGACCGUGAAGUUCAGCCUGUUGGUGACGGGGAAGAUUGUUGAUCACAUCAAUGGUACAUUCACCGUUUACUUCCGCCACAACUCGUCCAGCCUUGGGAAUGUGUCAGUGAGCAUUGUGCCGCCGUCAAAAGUGGUAGAGUUUGAGGUUCUACCGCAUCUGCAUCCCCACACCCAGCAGGACGUCCAGAUCCAGGAAACACAACAGGCCACCAUUGACCCCAAAGAGGGGAAGACUCUCAACUGUCGGGUGGAGUACGAGAAAACCGACAGGUCGAAGAAAUCCAAACCCUGCCUGUAUGAUCCGUCUCAGACCUGCUUCACAGAGCACACUCAGUCUCAUGCUGCCUGGCUCUGUGCCAAACCCUUCAAGGUGAUCUGCAUCUUCAUCUCUUUUUUAAGCAUCGAUUACAAGUUAGUUCAAAAAGUGUGUCCGGACUACAACUUCCAAAGUGAGCGCCCUUAUUUCGGAUAAAUACAUUAGACUCAAGCGAGGAGGGAAAAAGACAAUGUUCAUGAUGAAGAAACAAGGGUUGUUUACCCCUCUGAACUGACGUGAAUUGUGGAUUUAAAUAAAUGUAUAAUCAAASCUAUGGAAUGUACAGGAAAUGGUGGAUUUCUCUGGUAUAUUUUCCAACUUUGUAUUUGUUAACCUUUGUUUUUAUGUUUUCUUUUCUGUAAAUAAUGUACUCAUCCCCAGCAGACUUUAUUGUUUUUAGAUCUAUGUUUCUCAGUGUUAUUACUUUCUGCAGUUGGAGAAUUCAGUUAAAACAGCCCGAAUGGCCAUUAUUCCCUCUGAGUACAGACUGAGCCUCUCAGGCAGCUGUGCUGUGCCAUCACUGUGUGGCAGACAUAAUGUUAUGGUAGACUGACUGUUAAUCAUUCUCUCAGCUCUACAUUUCAACCCAUGGAUAUAAGAGAGUUAUAUGUAUGAGAAAUGCUAUGCUGGAUAUGCAUACAAUAUACUGUUUGAACAAGCACAUUAAAAUCUCUUUAACUGUCUGUC